AUGGACAUAAACCAACCUCAAGAUGCGGAACGCAGCGACCAAGACCCCCCAGGUGGCACAGGAUACCCAAAGCUGGCCAAGUUGAUGGGAGAUUCUCCUGAAACCGCCAUUUUUCGUCGAUUCAGGCAGCUCAACAUGCUUCAUCUACUCAGACUCCAGGCAGAACUACACUCAUUGGAGGAUGAGCUGCUCGAAGUAAUUCAGGAAGAUCAACAAUCGGAUCACCCCGAUAGACAGGACUAUUCAAGAAACUUCUUCCUGCUGAAGAGAUGCGCAGAGCAAGGCAAGGAUUUUGAGCAGUAUGAGUUGAUGCAGCAGAUUGGAGAGAAACUAAACGAAUAUAAUACCACACUUUCAGCCGCCGCAGCCGUAGAUGGCCUCGCAACACCAGAGAAGCGCCCUUUAGAGUUCCUACGUCUUUGGCUUAAGGGCGCCGGAGGCGGGGAACAUUUCCCCCUGGGAACUGAAAGCACAAUCUGGGAGUCAGAAUCACGGGCAGAGUAUGUGAGCCUUGCCCCGACGGCUAGGAACGACAGAAUAUCAUCAUUGGUUCGAGGAAUUCUGCUGGAUAUCUAUCACUUCUUUGCCGAAUCUUGGAAGAAGGCGAAGAAAAGGUGCAAGAAGACUGACCCGUCUUCCACCACGGCUGAACCACAUAUACGCGAGUAUAACGACGAAAAGCUCCAGGCCGUGAGCGAUGGUAUUACGGCUGCCUUAGCCUCUCUUCUCCCGACCUUGAUGAUCCUGGUCUUGUACUUUGUCAAGCGGAUGCUGGUUAGAAUUGGGCUGGUCAUUGUGUUCACCACCAUCUUCUCUGUUGUGAUGUCGUUCUACAUCGGUGCAAAAAAGGGUGAGGUGUUUGCAGCUGUGGCAGCUUUUGCAGCUGUUGAGGUUGUUUUUAUCGGAACUACUGGGUAG